CAGGAAACGACGACUUCGUCCUCUCGGAUUGGAAGCGUCUCAGAUCAUCAUCAUCGUCAUUCCACUCGUCGGGCUGCAAUGAAAGCCGCAUCCUCCAUCGCGUAAUUUCUUGAGCAGUCGCCGCCGCCAUGGGUGUCGAAGCUCAUCAACGACCUCCGCUGCCCGCCCCUACCGAACCCACCGACGUCGACGACACCGACGUCGCUACCAACAUCUCACGCCGCACCGAUCAGACCUCGUACUCGAUCCCCGAGGACGGCAGUCCCAUCACUAUCUCGACACACAAGCUCACAUCUAAAGAAGGCCCCCGUCUUCGCCACGGCCGCAACAAAUCACAGACCUCGCUGUUGAUUGAAUACUUCGAAGCCACCAAGGGCGACAAAGCAAAGAACCGCCCCAGCGUGCGCGUCAAAGUCACUCCUUCGGCCCAUCGCAAGUCAAAGACAGCCGACUCUGUCCAGAUCACGGGCAUUGGUCGCGACAAGAAGCCCUCCUACACACGCCGCAUCUCUCUUGGCAGCAAGACUUCGGACAAGACAGUGCCAGUCGAGGGCACCGAAGUCAGUCACUCGUCAGAGAGCAACCUUUCUGCCAUACCUCCAGUCGAAGUCGAGAUCCUGAACAACAGCGACAUAUCAAGCCUCAAACACGGUCGCGAGUCCCGCGACUUACACUACCUGCCUGCAACGUCCGACGUCUCGUCAAUGCCUCCUGAUAGUCUCCUUGAUCCCUCGCAUGUUUCCGCCAUGAGCCAGGAUCUAUCCGAAGACGCAAGCCGUAGCCAAAGCCUCCUCGACCUUCCCGCCCAAGACAGAGCCCGCAGUGCGAGCCAUGAGCGCAUCAAGCAAAAGGUCAUUGAAAAGUUGAUGCAACGGCAACGUGGAGAAGCGGUCGAAUAUGAACCUGAAACGAAACCUACAAAGGAGCGUCGCCGCCGCUCAUCACGUUCCACACGUGAAGAGGACCUUGCCAGCGCUGCCGAGUCCUCCAUCCUGUCUUCGAACCUGUCUCCCAGCAACCUCUCAUAUGCUUCUGGUACUACCUCGAAGGUGUCGUUGAACAACCCAAAGCUACUACAGAUGGUUGAAGACACCGUCCGUCGCCUCAUACUGCCUGAAAUCACACAGUUGAAGAACGAACAGCGCCGCUCGUCGCAAGGCUCAUACACCGAAGACGAAUUGGACCGGCGUCACUCGAAAUCAACUUCUUCGCCUUCGAUCUCCAGUAAGCCCAAAGUUGUCCUCAACCGCUACGAUGAUAAUCCUGGUGAGGUACUUUCUCGUGGAGACUCUGAGCGUCGCGAGAAGGCUGGUCGCUCUAGCCGUGCAGACUCCGAACGUUCUCAUCGUGAACGACGAUCCUCUCGUACCUCAACACGGGAAGAAUCUGUGCAAAGCAGAUCAAGCAAAGACAAGGAGUCUCAUCGCAUCAAAAACGCUGCUGCUGCAGGCAUUGCUGGCGGCGUCCUUACUGCUGCAGCCCUUCGUCACCAUGAUUCUCAGGAUACCGUCAGUCGUGAACGCCGCAAGAAGCGCAAAGCCCGAGGCAGUCGCAGUGACUCCACCAGUUUGGCUGAAACCGAAAGGACUUAUCGUAAGGAGGAUAUUCCACCAAUGCCUUGGACUGGCGCCUCGGCUAUGAACGACUCGGAAGUAACUCGCCAGUCUAUUCUUACUGCAUCGACCGAGCGUCCAGAGUCUGCCUCUCUCACAGAACGCCAGACUCCAGUCCGAGAAGUCCGCCGUGGCUCGCUUCGUGGUUCUUUAUCCCCAGCAUCUACGACCCCUAAAGGCAAAGGAGCACGCUCUCCUCGAGCUCUUGAAUCCAUUCACAGCCGCACUUCACUGGCAGAAAGACGCCCUGAAAGCGCUCAGAGUGCUCAGAGUGCUCAGUCUAUCUCGGCCAAAGCCAAGAUCGCCGCACUAGCUGCCGCCGGACUCGGAGGUGCAGAAGCACUGCACCAUCAUGGCCAUCAUGAUAAUGAGGGUGAUAGGAGGCAGUCUUCGAGCCCUGCUCAGAGCGUGUCCACCUUCAGAGAUAGUCUCAGCGAUCCAUUGAUUCCACAUGGUCUGCGACCCCGAAGUAGAGUCUCCGAGCUAUCUGCCGGCUUCGAGGAACGUCAGCGGAAUGCCAUGUCUCCGGUCUCAGCACCACCUUCUCCGAGCGCCCAACAGAAGAGCUUCGAUCUUGACAGAGCUCCACAAUCGCCCGCACAGACCUACGACGAGGCUGACGAACGUAGCGAGCUCGAAGAAUGGUUCCAGCAGGAACAUGAGAAGAAUGAGGAAUAUCGCAAAUCUCUCGCCGAUACAAGCACCAUCCCAGAGUCGGCUGAUGAGCGCCGCUUGACACAAUAUACUGAUGGCAGCUAUCUCUCAAACGAACAGAGCCCGGAGCGUGAUGUAAAGGGAGUGGCUGCGACGCCCCAAUACAAUCAGCCGUACGGCAUCGAGUCAGCUGUAGCUUCGUUGAUCGACCCUUCUACAAUCAGUACCAGUCUCCAGUCGUCUCAAACCAGCCCCAGCAAUUUUGAAGAUACUCGUUACCGUGAGCAGCUGGACGAGAGCGUACGCGAAGAACUUCGCCAUCAGACUCUGGACCAUCAGACCAGAGAUCCACAGAUGCAGCACCCAACCCAAAGUCGAUGGAGCGCAUUACGCGAGAACGCAUUGGCUCUGUCGAGUCGAGGCUCCUCUGCUCAGCCUACAGGCUCUCCAAACCGGAGCGAGACUCUCCACGAGGAACGUAAGCACGUGGGAUCACCCCCUGUACGCUUGAGUGCUCAUGGCAUUCCUGAUGCUAAUGACCCCAUGCCCGAAAUUGGACAUGGAAUUGACUCUGAAUCAGACCUGAGUACAAAUCCUCCAGAGAUCCAGGGCCCUGGUAGAGGCGACGGACGUUUCAAUUUCCAACCAUCUUUCUCCCAAAGCCCGGAGAGAGAAGCUGUGAGACACGACAGCAUUUCGGAGCACAGUUUCUCCAUGAACGAAAAGGUCAUCGUGGGAGCCGGCAUCGCCGCAGGUGCUUUCGCAGCUGAUAAAGUACUGGAUCAACACCGUUCGGACAAGCAUCUUUCAGCGAACCAAGCUGUCGUUGAAGAUUAUGCCUCUCGUGAGACGACUCCAGAUGUUCGUCAGGCUCAAGCUGUCCGCGUGGGGCGUGCAGGUACUGCCUCCCCUCCGGCCCACUUUGGAGACGAGGGAUAUGCGUCUGCAGCUUACGCUCGUUCCAAUGGAGCCUCCACCCCCAGAGGUCAUAAGUCACAUACCAAAGGACAAUUUGAGGACUAUGACAUUGAAACAACGCGUGAAGAUCAAUUCAUUGGGAAGCACAGCCGUCACCUGAGUGGUAACUCCCAUGGCAUGUCCUCUCCGCUGUACGACAGUGCCACCGGCAAAGGAAUUGACACGAUCCAAUCGAAGGACGUUGUCGCCUUGAUGGACCACCUUACUGUUCGAGACGCGCACCGUAACGCAAGGGAUACCGAGAUUCUCGUCACACUGGUCCGCAGCGCCGCGGAAAUGCGCCACGAAUUUGAGGAGAUGAAGAGAUUCAUCGCCGAGCAGGAUCGCAAGAUUAUGGAUAACACAGACCGCGAUGCCGAAUAUACUGUCAAGAAAGUGCUUGGUGGGCCCCGACCUCAACCAGCUUCAGUACCUCGAACCACUCACGGCAGUUACAACGAAGAGGAUGUUCCCAUGAAGCGCAAGAAUGUCUUCAAACGUGCACUCAAAGGCUUGAGUAAGAGAGGUUCAAACGAUCUUUCUAAAAUUGAGGACAUGUUGAACCAAAUACUCGGAGAUGUAGAAGACCUGAAACUUACCCAGGGUGACCGACCACCAAUGUCGCUCCGUGGUAGCAGUUUCGACUCAUACGAGGACCGGGCACAGUACGGACGUGAUUCUGGGUACGAACCUGAAGGACAAGCUGGGACCUCUUCAACACCCAACCACUCCGGUCAUCUUUCCAACCAGUCUGCCAACGCAUUGCUCCCGUCUCCAAAAGACAAUGCGACGUCUCCCCAGGAUAGAUAUUUCCACUCUGGUUACAACGGCCGCAGGGACUCAAUCAACCGUGUAAGCACAGUCCUGGAAGAAGAAAGCAACGACGGCAAGUCUUUCUUAGACCAGCACGAAACCCACGUUCUCAACAACCAGUUUGAGAACAACGAGCGUCUUCUGACUCCGACACAAGAGUCCUACAAUCGCCGAUCCGGCUCUUUUGAUUCUGCUGCAAGUCUGCCACAGCAACAGCACAGCCCCUACGACGUUCACGCUGGCGCUGAUAGUACUCCGGAAAAGCAGCGCAAACACAAGUCGAACAGCUCAUCUCUAUUCGGUAUUCCCAAGAUGUCCCGCUGGUCCAAGACGACGACCUCAUCGGCGCCAGAAAAUUCGGAUGUUUAUGGCAAGCGUAGAAGUCAAUACACCAACGCCUCUAAGAGUGGCGAGAGCUUGAGAUCUGAUGGUGCAGGCUACUACCACGAUGGAUAUGCUUUGAAGUCUGAUGAUCGUCUUCGGUCUACUCAGUCUUUAGUCAAAGACCAUCUUGCAAUGAAGGAACACAUCUCCGACAACAAAAGUGUGCGCAGCGAACUUAGUGAACUCAGUGAUAUGACACGGACUCCCUCGCCAUUGAUUCCAUCCGAAUCAGGAUCUCAACUAGACAACAUCCCUAUCAUCCUUCCAGGAGAAGAUGAGCUUGAUGACUUCGAUGACCCCAAAUACUCGGCUCAUCGCGAUUCUUUGCUGCUACAGCACCCUCAGCCUCGACCAGGCCCAACGCAUCGCCACCAGACAAAUCUUGAGAACGAAGCACGCACAUUCAGUGGACCUGAACACUUCGAGACACUGACCAACAGUGACCUUUCUCAGCGCACGGUGGAAAGUGACUUCGAUCCUCUCCAGUGGGGGUCCAACCCUUCGCUUUCCUUGGCACGAACCAACAAGCUCAGUGGAAUCCCUCCAGGCAAAGACAGUGGACCUCUUGUUCCUGAAAGCAAGCCAAAACCCGCACCUAGAGUUGAAGUUGAGCCACCGAGAGAACAGCGACAGCAGGCACCACAGAAGCCUCGUCAGAUGUACUAUUCGACCCCGCUGGGUUCGGGACAUCUGCUCGAACCUAUCGAAGAAGUUCGAUACUCCUUGGAAACAGACCGUGGACACCGUUCACCUGAACCGACAGCUAGCCCUCGCGUCACGAGCAAAUUCAGCCCAACCCGUAAGAUUACUGGGCCUAGACCAAUGGGCUCGCGUGCUGCUAGUGGUGCCAACGAUGAAGCUCAUCAGGAGCAACUGUCUGGCACUGUAAGAAGAAAGCCAGUACCUUCGAGCAAGAGUUAUGGUUCGUGAUUUUUGUUGUUUUUACUUUUCUCUUCAACUUCACAUAUUGAAAAAAAGAAAUAUCAUAUCGCUGGGGAGUGGGAGGGUAUUGAUGCUGCACUGUUCUUAUAGAUGAGACACAACGAGGUGUCUUGAGAACAGGCAACAAGCUCAGACACAUGAGUUAGGAAGAAGCGUGGAAGGAGCUGAUGCGAGGACAGAUUCGUUUGAUGAUGACAGUGAGAUCUUUUAAAAACAUGGUAAUGCGGAGGAACAACAACACAGAGACGCAGAGGCAACGACUUUUACGACAUGAAACAGUCAUGCGAGCAAUAACACAGGUGCUGGCUAAUAUCAAGGGGAGGAUGAGAUGAGAUGUAAUGAUUAUACUUUUGCUUCGUCUAUUAUACCACUGUCCUUCUCGC